CUUAAACUUCUCUUGGAAAAAGAAGAAGCAGAACUUAUAAGAGAGCUGGAAACUAAGCAAGUUAUGGCUGAAUGUGGUUAUUGUAAGGAAAGGGAAAGCAAAAUAGAGAAAUACGAAGAAGAGAUUGAAAAAGAUAAAGAGCGUGAGUGUUUGAAAGCUCUUGAAAGAGAGAAAAUAGCGAAUGGCAUGAGAUGCACAAAGAAAGAUGAGAUCGACUUGCGGAGGAUGCAAAAGAUGCAAAUGCAUGAAAAGAAGUUAAUAGAACAAAACCAGGCGGAGGUCGAUGAGUUGUGGCACCGGGUUCUUGUAAACGAUGUUAAAAUGAAGGAAGAAAAAGAACGAGCAAAAGCAGAAAGGCUAAAACAAGAAAUGCGUGAGCGUCGAAUGGCAUACGAUGAACAAAUCGCAAGCGCUAAUAGAAAGAGACAAGAAGCACUGCAGAAUGAAAGAGCAAUAGAAAACAGACGACUGGAAAGAAUGAAGAAGAAGAUGGAACAGGAUUACUAUGAUGCAAUCAAGAGGAAAAAGGAUCAACAACUGCUGAACAAACAGAACUUCAUAGAUGGACAUCAGAUAAAGUUAUCGCGUGUAAAUAGUGAAAAGAGACACGAAAGAGAAAUGGACCUGAACACAAUAAAAGUCGCAAUGGAAGAGUUAAGAAUGGAGAAACAAAAGAAAUUAAAUGAAAUUCAAAUGCAAAGGAUACAAGAGGAUAUAUUCAUAGAGAAUUUUAACCGAGAAAGAAGAAUAGCAGAAGAAUUAGAGGAUGAAGCGAGUAGAAUAGCAUGUGAAUGGAAGGAACAAGAUGAAAAAGAGAGCGAUGAGAUUAUCAGAAAAACUGAAAUGGAAAAACAAAACAAUAAAUUAAAAGCAGGUCAAGAAUACAAAUGGUACUUAGAAAGAAGAAACCACGAACUAGAGACAAAAAAGCAUGAAAGAAAAGCAACAAUGGAUAGAGUGAAAAGGAUAGCGUACAGUGAAUUGCGCAAAAACCUUGAUAGUGCCAAUGAGGAACUGAGACGGCAGAUCGAAUACAGGAAUACUUUGACCAAUCAGAUCAGAGAGAACCAGACGAUAAUAGAGCUGGAAUUAAACGGAAUGGAAAGAAAACAGCGACCGUUCACAAAGAAGGCGAUAAUGUUCAAAGAGGCUAUGCAAGAUAAAGUCGGCCUAUUAUCUACAAGUGAGAACCCCGUACAUCCGUUCAAAAAGAUGAUGCAGAUACAUAAAGCCGACAACAGAAUUUCUUCACUGCCGUUUAUCAAUAAAUAA